AUGGCUCCUCCCCCGCCUGCUACGCUGCCGCUGGUAGAGCGGCUCAAGAUGCUGGCUCAGACGCUUCAGCACUUUACCCUGAUCCUCGCCGUGUUCCGCUACCUGCUGUCCUGCAUCACCUUCAGCACCUACACCACCGUCGCCCAGGGCUCGUACCGCUUCGCUUUCGUUGCGGCUGCUGCCACCUACGGCAUAGUCGUCUACAAGGGCUAUGUCGCCCGCGGCCGUCUCGGAGGCAGUAUUCCAAACGACAUCAUCAAGCUUGCCGGUGAUGAGAACGUCCAGUACCUCGGAAUGGCUCUUGUAUGGCUGUGCUCGCGUCAGCUUCUCUUUGCCCUGCUGCCCUUCGCCAUCUACUCCUUUUUCCACGUAGCCACAUAUACCCGCACGUACCUGAUCCCGACCUUCCAGCCCUCCCCGGAUGGCGGCCCUGCCUCGCCCUCCGGCAGGCCGGCAGCACCCAAAUCCUCGCCCCUGGGAGACCAGAUCGGCCGCUUCGUCAAGACAUACUACGACACCAGCAUGGCCAUGGUCGCCGCCCUGGAACUCUCGCUUCUGAUCAGGCUGAUUUUCACCGCCUUGACUUUCAGCAGCGGAAGCUGGCUGCUGCUCGUCAUCUACUUCUGGUUCUUCCGCUCUCGGUUCACGCAGAGCUCGUUCGUGCAGGCAGUGGUUGCUCAUUCGACGGCUAGGAUCGACGCCAUGCUCUCUCACCAGAGUACCCCGCCAGCCGUCCGUCAGGGAUGGGAGGUUGUCAAGAACGCUGUUCGACGGCUGUACACCGUUACCGACCUCAAGCCGUACCUCGCUCGGUUCCAGCAGCAGGGCCCCGGCAAGAAGCCGCAGUAG